ACACCCCUCGAAUCCGCUUUGACGACUGUCAAAAAACGCACAGGAAAAGGUAAACGAGCGUGUGUGUUCUUCUGCAGAUUGCAAUUAUUCGGAAAGACGCCAAUUAUAUUUCUUUCACAGUCACAAGCUAGAGAGAAGGAGAGUAGGAAAGUUUCGGAUGAACAAAAUGCGCGCGCUCACGGAAAUUCACUGCCACAAUCGUGAAAAUUUAUAAGCGCAUUGGUCACGCUCCUAAAUCGCAGUCUUUCUCGAACAGUGCACAGUGAUUCUUGGCCUCCUAUCUAGGGGGAACCGGAUCAACGCGAGGAAAAUUGAACUUUCUUAAGAAACAGGCAGCAAAUAUUUCGGACUUUAAAUUUCGUCCUUAGUGAAUCAGUCAUUUUCGCUCUAUCACCCUGGCUCUUCUAGUGGAACAUUAUCGCAGCAGCAACCCCAAUAAUAUGGACGAUUCGAUCGAUGAGGAAGUUAUUUCGGCCGGUGCAACCAUCACCGUGGAGUUUAGUGGCGGAGCUGAAACGUUAUUCGGUGGAGUAAAGGAACACGAAGUACCACUAGACGGAUCUAAGAUUGUGCUGCUGGAAGAGAUGCUCCGAUGGCUUCGAGACAAUCUUUUGACUGGUGAUCCGGGGCUUUUCCUCCAAGAAAACACCGUGCGGCCCGGUAUACUGGUGAUGAUCAAUGACACCGACUGGGAUUUAAUGGGUGAAACUGAGUACAUUCUACAACCAGGCGAUCAUGUCCUGUUCAUUUCCACUCUCCAUGGAGGAUGAACGCAGUCCACUGGGGCAAAGAUCUGUGAUAAACUGUUGCGUUUUCUGAUUAAACUGUAUCAUAUUACAAGACAACCGGCUUAGUAGACGAAAGGAAACAGGACAAUCUACAAGUUGAUUUAAGAAGUGUACCAAAUAGAGCGGUAAUGAAGUGUGGCUAUAGACGUUUCUUUUCGCUUCGGUUCAUUAACCAUGAAUGGCGAGGGUAGUUUAUCUCAAUUUUGUUCUAUUUGUUUAAAAAUAGUCGUUUCUUUGUUAAGAUAUAAGAACCAGCACCUAGCCACAAAUUAAAUUUAGCACGUCAGUAUCUUUUAUACAAAAAUAAAAUAGUGUAUCAAACAGAGACAAAAAAAGUGAAAAUAUAUACUAAUACAAGUGAUAA